AUGAACAAUUCUCAUGAGGACCUUCUUGGCAAUGAUACCUCUCUUGAGGAAUACUUGAUCGUGGCUGAAGGAGGUCUCAGUUUUUUUCUCUGUGGAGAUGCAUCCCUUGACUGUGAGGUUGCAGCUUCAUCUUUAAUGGACCUAGUGCUGGCCUUCCUAUUCUUGGGGAGCUCGAUAAAGGACUCUUUUCGUUUAGCUGGCAGAUCAUCUAGGUUUGAGCUAUGCAGCUUCUAUCUUUCAACAUCUUCGGCAAGGGGCAGACCGCUAGCCUCUUUCUGA